AUGGAGUCGCACUGGCAAGCAUGCCAGUUCUGGGAUGCAUCGGUUCCAGUUUGGUCAAGCUCUUAUGUUGUCGCCUGCAUUUGCAUAGCGUGCGCCGUGCUGUCUGGCAUGAAUCAGGCCUCGUCGACGGCGUCGCAAUUCUUUUUGAUUUUUGCUUGUGCAACCUGCUUAACUUUCGGCCUUGGCGGGACGGCUUUCAUGUUGCUCGACCUGAAGCCCUGCAGUCAUGAAUGGAGCAAGCCCAAUCAUGAGUGGAUGUACUGUUGGGCCUUCACCCUUGCAUUUUGGCCAUUCUCCACGGCAGCGCUUGCCGCGGUGGCUCUUAGCAUUACAAGUUUUGGUGCCAGCCAUCGGUUGCCUAGCAUCGGAUUUGUCAGUCUCCUCACUGUGAUAGCCUUUGGGCUCGCGGCCUACGAGACGCUUUGGUUUGUGAGAGGCGAACCGCUGUCCUUAGUCUACAAGUUCGGAAGCCUCUUCAUGGCCGCUUGUGCCAUCCUGGUGCCUUUGCUCGAAGCCCUGAGUUCCAGAUUCCGGCCGCCACACCUGCUCAUGAUCCUGAGCGGCUUGAUGUACGUGAUCGGAGGCAUUGUGGAGCUUGAAGUGCCCAUAGAUGGAGCGUACAAUGAGUCUUUCCUGUACCACAUUCUGGUCGGCCUUUCGGUCAUGUUCGCCUAUUGUGCCUGCCAGACGCGGCGAUCGCUGUCGCACAUCCAGGAGGGUGACAGACCCUCGACAAACAUGAAGUUGAUCAGUAGUCAGGCAUCAAGAUCAGUCUUGAGAGAGCGUAGGAGUGUGGACAUUCAGGUUCUGAACACCGUUUGGUGA